GGGGCCCCGCGACCCCCCGCCUGCAUCUUCGCGACCUGCCGGGACCCCGAGGGGCUGCAGGCUCAGGAGCUGAGAGAUCUGGCAUCCAAACACCCCAACCUGGUUCUUGUGAAGCUGGAUGUUGCAAAUCCCUCUGACAUCACCAGUGCAGCAAAGGUGGUGGAGGGGAAGCUGAGCGGCGCGGGCUUGAACCUGCUGAUAAACAACGCUGGCAUCUACACCCUGACGGCGUCACUGGAGAACAUGGACGCUGAAGAGAUGAUGAGGACCUACAAGACCAACACAGUGGGGCCGCUGCUGGUGACCCAGAUCCGGCCCCUCUUGAAGAAGGCUGCCCAGGAGAGCACAGAAAAGGGACUGAGCUGCAGCAAGGCAGCCAUCAUCAACAUCUCCUCAUUCCUGGGGUCCAUCGAGAAAACUCCCGAGUCCUUCUUCAAGCCUGCCGUCUCCUACCGCUGCAGCAAGGCUGCCCUCAACAUGCUCACCAAGUGCCAGGCUCUCACCUACGGGCAAGCCGGGAUCCUCUGCGUGGCCCUUCACCCCGGCUGGGUGAAAACCGACAUGGGAGGUCAGGAGGCUGACCUGACGGUGGACAGAAGCGUGCGGGGGCUGCUGUCAGUGCUGCCGGUCCUCUCCGAGAAACACAGCGGGGCUCUGCUCAACUGGGAAGGUAAAGCUAUUCCCUGGUGA